UUCCUCUCAGCAUAGAUUUAGCAGUGUUAAUAUAGAAAUCCUGGUCCUCAGACAGCGUGCCUGCUGGCUGGGGCUCAGCGGGAGCGGCUGCCGCUUGCGACUGUGCUGAAGUGGUUAGUUGGAGAAGCAGCAGUUCAGCGGGAGAGUCACACCGCGUACGCGCUCAUUCCUGGGACCUUCCUCUGAAGAACUCAUGUUUUCACCUCCUUCUUUUGAGUGUGUCCUGCUGCUGCUGCUCCUACUGCUUACAAGGUCUUUGGAGGAGGUGACCACAGUGGAGCUGGGCCAGAAUGCCCAGCUGCUCUGCACGUACCGCCUGCCAGCCUCGGGGCAUCCUGUGCCUGUGUGCUGGGGCAGGGGAGCCUGUCCUCUGUCAGACUGUCACAGUGUGCUGCUCAGAACUAAUGGAGGCAGUGUGACAUUUAGGACAUCCAGAAGAUACAUGCUACAGAGAAGCCUCUACAACGGAGACGUGUCCUUGACCAUCACGAACGUGACUCUUGGUGACAGCGGAACCUACUGCUGCAGGAUCCAAUUCCCCGGCAUAAUGAAUGACCACAAAUUCAACAAACACUUGGUCAUCACACCAUCCAAGGUCACUCCUGCUCCAACUGCACAGAGAGAUGGGACCGCAACCCUUGCAAGGACGCUGACCACCAAAGGACACGGCCCAGAGACACAGACCUUGGAGACGCACGACGAGAAAAACCUAACACAAACGUUCAUACUGGCUGGGGAGUUCCAAGCCUCUGGAGCAACGAAAAGAAAAGGUGUCUACAUCGGAGUAGGAGUCUCUGCUGGAGUGAUCCUUGUGUUUAUUUCUAGUGCUUUAAUUUUCCUGUGUUACUCUCACAGGAAAAAAACCCCACAGAAAGCAAGCCUCAUCACGCUGGCCAACCUUCCUCCCUCGGGGUUAGCCAAUGCAGUAGCAGAAGGGAUUCGCUCAGAGGAGAACAUCUACACCAUCGAGGAGAAUGUCUAUGCCACUGAGGAGAACGUCUACACCACCGAGGAGGGCACCUACACCAUGGAGGAGCACAUCUACAGCACUGAGGAGAACGUCUAUGAAGUGGAGGACCCAAGUGACCACUACUGCUCCGUGGUCAGGGCCUGAUCACUCCGGCUUCUUAUCUUUCCGUGCUGUUGGGUUCAGCCCCUCCCUUGCCACCUUGGUACUGUCCUUGUCAAAAGCACUAAGUGACUGGCUUUGCAGGUCCCACCCAGGGCCUCCUAGAAGAGCAGUGCAGUUUUCAGAAGACUUGAGCUCACAGGGCAGUCACCUGCGACCUGUGCUGCCCACAGGCCAAUUAGUACCUCUGUUUCCCAGCCACCGUGGCUCCCCAGUCCAGAGACUGCUGACUGUGGCUGGAGAGCUCCAAAGUGCUUUUAUAUGAGUGAAGAGGCUUUUGUUUUGGUACGGUUUGAGCCUAGGGUCCUACUCUUAAAAACAUUUUUAAAACUAUUAUUUGGGGACAGAUUGUUGCUAAGUCACUAAGUUGCCCAGGCUGGUCUCACAUGGGCUCCUUCCGCCUCAGUCUCCCAGGGUGUUGGUGCCAAGGCACAGGCCACAUGCCUGCCUAGGAAUUCUCAGUACCAGGGCUCUGGAGCUCCAGAAAAGUCAGGCAUGCGAUGCGGCCACGCAGACCCUGAAGAUAAGGAACACUGGGUGCUGAGACCUAUGCAUGGCUUCUGGUGUGUUUGUUUUUGUUUUUGGUAUACAAAUCCUAAAGGGGCCGCUGAUUUUCCUAAGGUCUGUGAUCCUUAGACGGUGAAGCAGGACUCGGUGGUCCUAAACCUCCCCUCUGGGUCUCAAGCUCUCGCCUGUCUGAAGGCUGUGUCUCCUGGAGUGAGUACCCCUGUGCUGCUCUCUCCUGCCUCUAUAAGGAGCUGGCUCAGCAGGUCUGUGGUGUGGACAGGGGUGCGCCUUGGUGUUUGGGGCCAAGUUGUGUUUGUGUCCUCAGAGGAAAAUCCUCUCCCCUUCCCCUUCUGUUUUCUACCUUUCUCUUCCUCUUUUUUUUUUUUUCCCCCUUUGUGGUAAAGCUGUGUUUUUCACAAAGAGCCGCCAGUGACUGGGUGUACAUUUUUCCCAGUGGGAAGGGGGCAGAGGUGCCCAGGACUCUACUCUCAGCAUCGGGAGCCAUGAUGGGACCCCGUGGUCCCUACAGGUGCAUCUCCAGAUGAUAGAACGAGGUCUGUGUGCCUUUGCUGACUCCCCAGUGCUGACCUGGUUCUCAUGCACAGUGGAAACUAUCUUCAGAAUUAAGACUAAAGUAACAGGUUAGCCUUCCCAAAAGAUGUUUCCACUGGAGGGCUCAAAAAGAGCCCCACUCUUCACAAGGUCCUCGUCUGCUCGCAUUUAGCUGCAGUUGUCCUAGUUUCCAAUACCGCCGCCCUCUGGAGGCCCCUGGCGGGCUCGCACCCUUUUGCCUUUUUCUGUGGAGCCCUCCUUAGCUCGCGAAGAAUGAAUUGGCGGCGUACCCCAUCACUGCCUGAACACCGCGCCUCUCCAGCUGAUAGCUCCACUGUGCCCCUGUCACUCACAGGAGACCCCAGCGCUCCAGGAUGAGGCGACCUGAGUGUUUCUGGUCUUCCCGGCCGUUGAUGUGUGAAUUUGGGUGUGUGGGCUGCAUCCGGGCAUUGAGGAGGACGCUGGUUUCCUUGAAGACACACAGCGGAGAGCACUUUAUAAUGUCACCUGCAGGCCGCAGUUCCCUUCAGGCUCAACAAUCACAGCUCUUUAAUGUCAUGGAAUUCUAAUGGGAAGGAACUUCAGAACAGUUAGGGUGAGAUCAGUGGUUUCCCUCAAAAGUCACCCUCAUCUUAUGACACUCUUCAAGCAAGCAUGUAUGUACACAGAUGAUGCCUGCAGGGGGCCAUGUAAAGGACUAUUUUACACUAAUAGGGCAAUAAUGGUACGGUUCAGAGUAGCUAGGUGAUGCUGGGCAUGACGUCGCAUGCCUGUGAGCCCAGCACUUGGGAGGCCCAGGAGGCAGGAUUGCCACAAGUUUGAGGCUAGCCUGGACUACACAGCUAGCCUGAGCUACUGUCUUUGGUAAGACCCUGUCCCGAAAAAUUAAAAAAUAAAUAAAAAGAACUGGGUGGGUUUAUUUACUCUGUGUGUGUGUAUGUGUGUGUGUGUGAAUUCAAAAAUUACGUGUGCCUUUCCAUGGAGAGUGCAGCUCAUGUCCGUCUACCCAC